UCCAAAGUCAAGCCCCAACCAGCUCCAAGAUCAAAUCUUCUUUCCUAAACCCUAACGAAAACCCCUCAUUCUCUCUCGCACACCCUCCUUUUCCCAAAACCCAGAAAGGGAAUCAAUCGAGAAUGGGCAGCCAGCAAGCCGCCGUAUCGUUCCUGACGAACCUGGCCAGAGCAGCUUUCGGGCUUGGCGCAUCGGCAACCUUGCUCAACGCAUCGCUUUACACAGUCGACGGUGGAGAGAGAGCCGUCUUGUUUGACAGAUUCAGGGGAGUGCUGGAUGAGACGAUCGGAGAAGGGACACAUUUCCUGGUUCCAUGGCUUCAGAAGCCCUUCAUCUUCGAUAUCCGGACCAGACCUCACACCUUCUCCACCAUCUCGGGAACCAAGGACCUCCAGAUGGUCAACCUCACUCUUCGUCUUCUCUCCCGUCCAGAGGUAUCUCGCCUUCCGUAUAUCUUCCAACACUUGGGUCUGGAGUAUGAUGACAAGGUGCUUCCCUCAAUCGGAAAUGAGGUACUGAAGGCUGUUGUUGCCCAGUUCAAUGCUGAUCAGCUUCUCACUGAGCGGCCCCAUGUGUCAGCGAUGGUCCGAGAGUCACUGAUAAGGCGUGCAAAGGACUUCAACAUUGUGCUGGAUGAUGUAGCAAUUACACACUUGUCUUAUGGAGUGGAGUUCUCGAGGGCAGUUGAGCAGAAGCAGGUGGCACAGCAGGAGGCAGAGAGGUCCAAGUUUGUUGUGAUGAAGGCUGAUCAGGAGAGAAGGGCUGCUGUUAUCAGGGCUGAAGGUGAAAGUGAGUCUGCUCGUCUAAUUUCGGAGGCAACUGCAACCGCUGGUUUUGGGCUAAUCGAACUGAGGAGAAUUGAGGCAUCUAGGGAGAUUGCUUCUACUCUGGCAAGAUCACCCAAUGUGGCAUAUUUGCCUGGUGGGAAAAGCAUGCUUUUUGCCCUGAAUCCAGCCACACGUUGAGAUAUGUGAUGUUUUCUUGUGGAAUCCAGUGAAUAGUUGUCAUAUAGGAAACCCAGAAGGAGAUUUCUGCCAUUUUGAAAGGUUAUCAGCCAUAUUUACUCUGAACAUUGAACUUGUAUCUUAUGGUUGGAUGAGACCCAGCUGCUCGUUUAUUGAUUUUAUUAAUUUCGGACAUGAGUUAUCUAGAGUUUCCUUUGGAUGUAGGAUUAUAACAAUUUGUGGUGAGAAGAAUUUGCAGCAAAAGAAGCUGGCUAAGCUGAAAUUGAUUUUAGUUUGGUUCAGUUCGGUUCAGUU